UCAUGUCUGGAUACCAAUGGAUUUUCUAGAAGUGAAGGAAAAAGAAGGAAAUGAAAUUUGGGCUCGGCUUGCUUCAUAAGAAUAAUUACAUUUUUAAAUCAUUUAAAUUACCUUUAGGUGUUCAUCUUUUAAGAAAGUCUCGGAAGUGCUCUUGGUUUAUGCAUCCUCACUCAUAUGCUCCAUGUAGAAACCUCGAUGGACUUAUUCUUUCUGCUUCACCUUGUGAAACGGAUUACUUGAAAACAAAUGUAUUCUUUCACUUUGAACCUUCACUCCAAUAAAACAUGUGUUUUUCCUUCUUUGUGGAUCAAUUCAGUAAAUGAGCAGCAUAUCAUUCGAACAAAGACUCUUUGACUCUACUUGUACCUAGAAUCUGACUGCAGCUUCCCUUCUAUUACGUGAUUCUAAUCUGAUGUAUGCCAAAAACAAGAAGCGAAACUCCUUUGCCAAAAUGACCUCUGAUAGCACAAUGCAAAGAUCUACUUGAAGUGCAUUACGCAGAAAAGGAAAGAAGAAACACCAAAAUUCACAAGGUUGGAAAAGGUGCCUCUUUCAGUGUUUCUGAUGUCCCAAGUUGCGGAGCAAUUCCCUAUGCUGUGCUUUUCUUUAUCCACUUUGUCUAGCACUCGGCUAGGAUGUGAUACUGCAGCAGUUGUCAAUAUUCUUGCCCAUAGGGAUGCAAUGCAGCGUUCUUUCAUUCAACAAGAGUAUAGAGCUAUGUAUUCUGAUGACCUUUCCAAACGCCUGGUGUCGGAGCUCAGUGGAAAAUUAGAGACUGCUGUCUUGCUAUGGAUGCAUGAUCCUGCAGGACGUGAUGCAAUAGUCAUUAGGCAGGCCCUUUUGGCAGAUGUAACAAACCUUAAUGCUGCCACUGAAGUUAUAUGUUCUCGCACACUAUCCCAGAUUCAAUUAAUUAAACAAAAUUACCAUUCAAAGUUUGGGGUUUUUCUCGAGCAAGAUAUUGAAGGACACACCUCCGGUGAUCAUAAAAAACUUUUACUUGCAUAUGUAAGCACCUCCCGUUAUGAAGGUCUUGAAGUUGAUAGAGAGAUGGCUCUGAAGGAUGCAAAGGCCCUUUAUAAAGCAGGGGAGAAGAAAUUGGGAACUGAUGAGAAAACUUUUAUCCGCAUAUUCAGUGAAAGAAGUAGGGCACAGCUUGGAGCUAUUAGUUCUGUUUAUCAUGACAUGUAUGGAGGCUCCCUAAAAAAGGCAGUGAAGAGUGAAACAUCUGGGAAGUUUGAGCAUGGUCUCUUGACAAUUUUAAAAUGCUCAGAGAAUCCUGCAAAGUACUUUGCUAAGGUACUGCAUAAGGCAAUGAAAGGUCUGGGAACUGAUGACACUACCCUGAUUAGGGUCAUUGUGACGAGGACUGAGAUGGAUAUGCAGUAUAUAAAGGCUGAGUACCUGAGAAAAUAUAAAAAGACCUUGAAUGAUGCAGUUCACUCAGAAACAUCAGGCCACUACAGGACCUUUCUUCUCUCUCUUCUGGGACCGAACCAUUAGCAUAAAGCACGUAAAUAAUGUUUGCAUAAAGUAAGAUGUACAUGCUACUUUAUACUUUAGAAGUUAAGCUGUGUGUAAGUAAUGGAACCGAAAGGUCAAUGUGUGUGAAAUUAUGUUUCAGUGGAUCCGGUUGCUUUUGUAACGCUUGAUGUAUUUGUUAAAUAUUGGUAAAAUGGAAAGUGAUUGCUGACUCUAUUGGCUGAUGACCCACCAUGUCUGGGCUUGGGCAAAUGAUCUGCUUAUAGGCCUAGUUGGUUUAAUGAUAGCUUUUGUUGGAUGGUUUUAUCUCUAA